CGAAUAGUGAGCCAUGGCAAGUAGCUCGCAGACCAUAAAAUGUUCUCAUCAUCCCGAGGCACCCUUGAUAGAAGAUUAUCGAGCAGGAGACAUGAUUUGCUCCGAAUGCGGUCUUGUUGUCGGAGAUCGAGUGGUAGAUGUUGGCUCAGAGUGGCGAACGUUCAGUAACGAGAAGGCCACUAGUGAUCCUUCUCGUGUUGGAGCAGCACAGAAUCCAUUAUUAGGUGGUGGAGACCUCUCAACAAUAAUUGAAAGAGUCCCAGUGGGAAACAGUGAAACAGAUGGAUACUCUAAAUAUCACAAUCGAGGCGGAUUGACUGGUUCGGACAGAAGUCUCAUGAAUGCUUUUAGAGAAAUUGGAGUAAUGGCUGACAGGAUAAAUCUUCCCAGGAAAAUAGUGGAUCGGGCCAAUCAGUUGUUUAAACAAGUUCAUGAACAAAAAAGUUUAAAAGGAAGGAGUAAUGAUGCCAUUGCUUCUGCUUGUUUGUACAUUGCUUGUCGACAAGAGGGUGUUCCUCGGACAUUUAAAGAAAUUUGCGCUAUCAGCAAAAUUUCAAAAAAGGAAAUUGGCCGUUGUUUCAAACUGAUACUAAAGGCCCUGGAGACAAGUGUGGACCUCAUAACAACAGCAGAUUUCAUGUCGAGGUUUUGUUCCAAUCUUGGUCUUCCACCCGACGUACAAAAGGCUGCUACACAUAUCGCACGGAAGGCGGUUGACUUAGAUCUAGUGCCGGGUCGAAGUCCCAUUUCGGUGGCGGCUGCUGCAAUUUACAUGGCGUCUCAAGCAUCGAAGGAAAAGAGAUCACAGAAAGAAAUCGGCGACAUCGCUGGUGUAGCAGACGUUACAAUUCGUCAAUCGUACAGACUUAUCUAUCUACGUGCAGCAGAACUUUUUCCAAGUGAUUUCCAGUUUGCUACUCCUGUGGACAAACUUCCGAACCUUUGAUCUUUGAGACCUCUUUCCUCCAUUUUCGAUGUUUAUAUUUUAUUUAUUUUAAGCAGUAAUUCUCUGGAGUGUUAAAGAAACACACAUUUUGUAAAAUUUUGUCCAUUCCUCUCUUGAAAAGUUCAAUAAAUCAACUGAAAAAAUAGCUCGUAAGAAAUGACUGGGUAUUGUACGUAGCGGUUGCUUUAGGUUACUAAAAGUAGCCUCAGGCAAGGCUUGUUAAAACCUGAGCGAUAGUUUCAGUAAAGGAAGUACUUGUUGCCAAAGAAAAUGGCGAAAAAUUUCGCCUGUUCUCGCAUAAUUUGUUUUAGUAAUUGAUAGAGAAUCAGUUUCAGCGUCAACUAUAUAUGUAUGUUUACGAGUACUGAGUUUCGACUAAACUAAUAAAAAAUUUCGAAGUUUUAGAAUCGAAUGGGGUCAGCACCAAAUAAAUUUGUUCGUUUAGUUAGCUAUACUUGGAAUUUGUAAACUUUUCACAUUUUUGUUCAUGCUCGUAAGGCUGUUUUGGAUGAUCCGCUUUGAAAUUGAAAAUGAGAACCCGUUUUGCAUUGUACAAAUAAACAGGGUCUAUAGACGAUAAUCAAUAUUCGCAGAGAUGUCUUUUGUAUUUACUUUUUAGAUAUAUUAUAAAUUUUAAAAUACAUUGCAAGUAAAACUUGUGGAAAA